GCUCAAUUAAACAUAGAACUGCUGACAGUUCAAUCAGUCAGCUCAAAUGAAAUUAGUUUAUUUUGUGCUAAAUCACUGUGCCGGAGUAUGAUGAAAGAUGCAAAGGCAUAGAGCACAAUGCACAUGCUUGUAUAGGGUUAAACAAGAUUUGCAAUUACAUACAGAAAAGGGGCGAAGAGAGAGAGAGAGGGAGACAGAAAUACAGAGCGUAACUGUCUCCCUGUAUAACCAAGCAAACACUCCCAUAGUACCUUGUGUGAUGGGCUUAUUAUCAGACUAGAAUUGCAUUUUUACAUUAUGACUAUCAGCUCAGGGAUUCUGAUGAGAACCUUCUGAACCUUCAGCUUUAUUUUUAAUGUCACUGAUGUUUUAACAUACUGGAUUGCGUGAUUUGUUGCCAGAUUACAAGGUCCAGAAUGAUUGCCAAACCCAACUGUUCCUCAAUGAAUUCCUCUGUAUCAAGAUGCGUCCAAGACCUGCUGUGCAACACCAGUAUUGUGUUUAACCUUAGUGAGGUGGAGAUGGAAGAGUUUUGCCUCAACCAAGACGAGUAUCUGGAGAAAUAUCUGGGGCCCAGACGUUCCCCGGUGUUUCUGCCUGUGUGUAUCACCUACCUGAUCAUCUUUUUGGUGGGAGCGGUGGGGAACAUUCUUACAUGCAUUGUUAUUGCUCGCAACAAGGUCAUGAGGACACCCACCAACUUCUACCUGUUCAGUCUGGCGGUGUCGGACCUGCUGGUGCUUCUUCUGGGAAUGCCUUUGGAGCUCUACGAAAUGUGGAGUAACUAUCCGUUCCUUUUUGGCAAAGGUGGCUGCUACUUCAAGACCUUCCUCUUUGAGACGGUAUGUUUCGCCUCCAUCUUGAAUGUAACAGCACUGAGUGUAGAGCGCUACAUUGCUGUGGUCCAUCCGCUCAGGGUCAAAUAUGUAGUGACUCGCACUCACGCCAAGCGGGUGAUCUUGAGCGUGUGGAGCGUGUCUGUAUUGUGUGCCAUUCCCAACACCAGCCUCCAUGGCAUUUUCGCCCUUCCUCUUCCCAAAGGGAAAGGAGUAGGUGCCAUGUCCACUUCUGCCACCUGCAUGCUGGUCAAGCCACGCUGGAUGUACAACCUGAUCAUCCAAAUCACCACUCUGUUGUUUUUCCUACUGCCCAUGUUGACCAUCAGUGUGCUGUAUUUGCUCAUCGGCAUGCAGCUAAAACGAGAGAAGAUGUUGCAGGUCCUGGAGGCAAAAGCUAGUGUGGGACAAGACAGCUCCUCUAAUGUGAGAAGUCAGCAGCAGAAAACCCGUCGCCAGCAGGUCACUAAAAUGCUGUUUGUACUGGUGGUCAUGUUUGGCAUCUGUUGGGCUCCGUUCCACACCGAUCGACUCAUGUGGAGUUUCCUGGACCAGAAGAACAGUGAGCACAUGAAGAUUUUCCAGGUGUAUGAAUAUGUACAUGUCAUCUCUGGGGUCUUCUUCUAUCUGAGCUCAGCCAUUAACCCGAUUCUCUACAACCUCAUGUCCACCCGCUUCAGGGAGAUGUUUAAAGAGGUGAUGUGCCACCACAAAUGGCAUCCUGUCCCAAGGAAACGCUCUUUGAGCAUGACGAGGGUUACUGUGCGCAGCACCUUGAGUGAAAUCCCACCCUGCAAUGGCACAGUAACUACUGAAGGAGAAGAUUAUGAUAUGGAUGACUGCCAGGAAAAUAAGACCAGCUUUUCCUAAGAAAAGAACUUCAACUUAUCAUUUAUUGUAUUUUAUUGUCAGUGCAUGAAAUUAACUCCAAAA